UGUAUCCGGAUACAUUAGUCUGAGCGCACUUUAUCAAGUCUUGUGCUAGUUAGCUUAGCUUGCUAGUUAGCUUAGCUUGUUAGCUGCUAACAAAGAGACGCGGACGUUAUCAACACAUCGCUAAGUAGAGAUCAAAUGUGAGUGUAAAGUGUUGUGAUUGUGGGAAAAUGUGCGAAAGAACGAUAGCAAAGUAUGAGGAGGAACUUUGUCCAACAAAAGAGGAGAAGGAGCGACAACAUCAACUACUGGACGCUGUUUUCAAGAAACAUCAAGUUGUGUUACACAGAACAGACAUCCAGCAGCCCCCUCACAUGAAAGAGGAAGAGGAGGAAGUGUGGAUCACUCAGGAGGGAGAGUGUCUUCUAGGGCAGGAGGAGGAUGAUGUCAGCAAGUUUCCACUGACUGUUGUCUCUGUGAAGACUGAAGAGCAUGAAGACAAACCACCUGAGUCCUCACAGCUUCAUCACAGUCCAAACGUCUGUGAAGAACAACUUCUGCCUGAAAAACAGGAGUGUAGCUUCAGGAUGGUGAAGGAGGAUCCAUCAAAGAGGAAGACCAGGCGCCACAGACCCUCUGGUGUCUCCUUUUCCUCUUUGACACAGACCCUGCCCUGUAAAAAGGAAGAGGAAGACUCACUGACGGAAGAAGAGGAACACGGCAUCAGUCAGCCUAAAUGGUUGGUGGAGUUCCCAGUGACUGGUGUCCCUGUGAAGAGUGAAGAUUAUGAGGUCAAAGGUGAAAGUGAGGAGAAGAGCAGCAGCUCAACACAACACAUGACAACAGAAGCUGAUGGAGACCACUGUGGAGGAUCACAAGCAGACAAGCUCUUAGCUCCACUAUCAGAUAGUGAGGACACAACGUCACACUCUCCUGACACUGAUGAUGAAGACUCUAAAGAUGAUAAGACAUGUCACACUGACAACACUCACUUCAAAUGUUCUCACUGUGACAAAUCCUUUCAUUCCCGUUCUUAUCUAAAAGUACACAUGAGAACACACACUGGAGAAAAACCGUUUUCCUGCUCAGAAUGUGGUAAAAGUUUUACUAGCAGUAAGAGUUUCAAAGUACACAUGAGAAUACACACUGGUGAAAAACCUUUUCCCUGUUCAAUCUGUGGUAAAGGUUUUGUAGAAAGUCGCAACUUGAAAGUACACAUGAGAACACACACUGGUGAAAAACCUUUUAUCUGUUCAAUCUGUGGUGAAGGUUUUGUACAAAGUCCCAAUUUGAAAGUACACAUGACAACACACACCGGUGAAAAACCUUUUAUUUGUUCAAUCUGUGGUAAAGGUUUUGUACGAGGUAACCAUUUGAAAGUACACAUGAGAAUACACACUGGUGAAAAACCUUUUUCUUGUUCAACCUGUGGUAAAGGUUUUGCACACAGUUCUUGUUUGAAAAAACACAGAACAAGACACGCUGGAGAAAAAUCUUUUAUUUGUUCAAUCUGUAGUAAAGGUUUUGUUUUAAGUAACUAUUUGCAAGUGCACAUGAGAACACACAUUGGUGAAAAACCUUUUUCCUGUUCAAUCUGUGGUAAAGGUUUUGUUCUAAGUAGCUAUUUGAAAUUACACAUGAGAAGACACACUGGUGAAAAACCUUAUAUCUGUUCAAUGUGUAGUAAAGGUUUUGUAGAAAGUCGCAAAUUGACAGAACACAUGAGAACACACACUGGUGAAAAACCUUUUUCUUGUUCACUCUGUGGCUCAUCUUUUACAAGGAAGGAAUAUUUGAAAGUGCACAUUAGAACACACACUGGUGAAAAAACUGUUUCCUGUUCAAUCUGUGGUAAAGGUUUUUUAGAAAGUCGCAAUUUGAAAGUACACAUGAGAACACACACUGGUGAAAAACCUUUUAUCUGUUCAAUCUGUGGUAAAGGUUUUACACAAUCCAACCAUUUGACAAGACACAUGAGAACACACACUGGUGAAAAACCUUUUUCUUGUUCAAUCUGUGGCUUAUCUUUUACAAGGAAGGAAUAUUUGAAAGUGCACAUGAGAACACACACUGGUGAAAAACCUUUUUCCUGUUGAAUCUGUGGCAAAGGUUUUUACAGAAAAUCAGUGUUUGAAAAGACACAUGAGAACACACACUGGUGAAAAAUCCGAUUCCUGUUCAAUCUGCAACAGAAGCUUUUGUGAACGAUCAAACCUUGUAGCACACAUGAGAACACACCCAGGAAAGUGUUGAGUUGCAGUGUGUGUGGUGAAAGAUUGUCUUCUAAGUACCGUACCAGUGUAAGAAACACAAGUGUGCUGGUGAGAACAGCAGCAGCAAAUGAAACUGCAGGAUUUGAAAUAAACUUUAAUUUGGACUUUCUAACAACAUCAGCACAUAUAACAUGUGUGACAUUGUUGUUUGUGUAACAAUCUUUUUAAUAUGCUUCUACAUUUAUAGAUUAAAUAUUUUAUAUUAGUGCUUUUUUCAGUCAAGUACAUGCAUUAAUAUGCAACAUUGUGUACUUUUAUUAAACAAUGAACAGAACAAUUUGACUGAAAAGGUGAGAGUAAACAGUACAAGACAUAUUUUACAUAUAAUAAACAUUUUAUGUGUAUAUAUAUUCAUCAUACAAUUUUAGACUUAUUCCUAAUAGUGGUUUGUAUAGGUGUUUGAAAUGUUGAAGUAUUAUAUAAUGUUAUUUGUAAUUGUUAAUGAUCCCAUAGAUUAUCACCUUUAUAUGAUAUACAUAUGUACUGGUUCACAUCUGAAACAUCUUCUGGACCACUUCAGGAAGCAUAUUAUUAUUUACUUUAUACAUCAUUUGAACAGUUGUCUUUUAUACAAUUUAAAAUGUGUGACUUUAUGAAUCAUUUGUUGGGUCUCUAUAAUCCAUUUGAUUAAUUACCUUUAUUACUCUCUUUUGUAAUAUGAUGAUUGUGUUGUGAUUGUUUUAUAAAUAUGUGCCGAGACCUUUAUGCAAUAAAAAAAUGUGUG